AUGCGACUGUGGUUGGCGGCGGCAACGGCGCUAGCGAUUGCGGGCGCUUUAACUAGUCCUUUUGACAAUGACGACUGUCCGCCUUGCUUCAAUUGCAGAGAUCCAGGCAUGGAAUGUAUCCACUACGGUGCCUGCAAUGAGUUUACUGGCCUUUGCGACUGUCCCGCGGGAUUUGGUGGACCUGAUUGUGCAUCGCCUGUCUGCGGAUCGCUGCCUCGUGGCGCUAGGAGACCAAUUCGCGACGACAAUGGCUCCUGUUCUUGCGACAACGGCUGGGACGGUGUUAACUGUAAUAUGUGCAAAGAGGAUAAUGCCUGCCAAGCCUUGAUGCCUGGAGGCGAGCCCGGCACUUGCUAUACGGGUGGAAAGCUUGUUAAACAGAACUUCCACAUGUGCAAUGUGACGAAUCGCAAAAUUUUGGAUGUUUUAGAUGGUCGGGUGGCUCAAGUGACGUUUGGGUGCGAUAGGAAUACCACCCAGUGUGACCUGCAGUUGUGGGUCGACGAGGUGGAAUCGUUUUUCUGCAAACUCUCAGAGUGUGAUUUCGAUGCCGCUAGUAAAGGCAAUGGGACCCAGUAUAACUGUGAAAAUAUUGAAUGUCAAUGUCGCCCUGGUGAACUAUUAUGUGGCGCAGACGGGUCUAUCGACAUAUCUGUUUGGUUACAAAAGUCUGUUCACGGCCCCGGCGACCUGCGAUGUGACGGCGAUGGCAAGUGCGAGUUCAAUGAACCUGAAAUGAACAAGCUGAUCAAAUUUGUUUUUGGAGACCAGUCCAUUCAGCUCGACUGCGAUUCUUCUGAAUGUGUUCAUUACAGUGAAAUCCCUGGUUGGGCACCACCGGAAUCAGAAACCUCGACGCUCUGGGCGGCAAUCUCGCUUGUUUUCGUCGCUGGAUUUUUGGGCGUGGCUUUGCCAAUGAUACGCAGGGCAUUUUAUGCGUCAGAUAAACCCAUUGAACUGCCUCAAGACGAUACCGGAGCUCCUGGUAGCGGUGGAGGGUUGCACCUUAGAGCCAAGCCGAUUACACUCUCUUUCCAGAAUUUAUCUUAUGCGGCAAAUGGCCGGGAUAUUUUAGAGAAAAUCGACGGCGUGGCCGCUGCGGGAUCUGUUUUGGCCAUUAUGGGCGGAUCAGGUGCAGGUAAGACCACUUUGCUAGAUAUUCUGGCUCGGAAAAAUAAGCGCGGUAAAACCUCUGGUAAAUUGAUGCUCAACGGUGUUGAGCAGGGUGAGGCACCGGGCCAAGUAUCCGCCAAAGCCUAUAAAAGGCUAAUUGGAUUUGUUGACCAGGAUGAUGAACUCAUGCCGACAUUGACGGUGUACGAGACGAUUGUGACAUCCGCGCUACUCCGACUGCCAAAGUCCAUGAGUAAGGAUGCUAAAAAGCUACGAGCUUUAGAUACUUUGGCUGAGCUCGGUAUUUUGCACCUCAAAGAUCGUCUAGUGGGAUCUGAAACCGACCGUGGCUUGAGUGGAGGUGAGAAGCGCCGACUUGCCAUCGCUUGUGAAUUGGUUACUUCACCAAGCAUCUUGUUUUUAGACGAACCUACCUCGGGGUUGGAUGCAUACAAUGCAUAUAAUGUCGUUGAAAGUUUGGUUGGAUUGGCUCGUGACUUUAAACGGACGGUAGUGUUUACGAUCCAUCAACCUCGUAGCAAUAUUGUUGCCCUAUUCGACCGGCUAGUGUUGCUGGCUCAGGGAAAGCAAGUUUUCACGGGGACUCCUCAACAGGCAGCCGAGCAUUUCGCUUCUCAAGGCCUCAAGUGCGCUCCAGGUUACAACAUUGCCGACUUUAUGAUCGAUGUCACUAUGAAGGCAGCGUUGGCUGAUGGAAUUGAAGGUCCUCCGGAUAUUGAUAUUCAACCCGAGCGGCCUGCACCCACUCAAGAAUCACUUGUUAGUGGUGAAGAGCCUUGUCCAGAUCCUGACAGCCACCGUCUUCCUCCUGGCGAAGACCCCACCCGUGAAUGGGCAGACUUUGCCUUCCACAGACAACAACCACUUACAUCAGGCGGAUCUAGACGGGGAAGUUACCAGUUGGUGGGCUUGCAGCGGCUUGUGAGUGCUUAUAAUUCAAGCUCGUAUGCAGCGGACGUACAGAGUGAAAUCGCCCAGAGCUCUCGAGAGCUAGGCGAACUUCCGGAGGGGUACAAGCGAAUUUCUAUUUGGCAGCAGUUUUUGAUUUUAUCGAAUCGCACCUUCAAGAAUCUGUACCGGAACCCUAUGCUGGUGUUAACUCAUUACACCAUUUCAGUGGUGCUGGGGCUUGUGUGUGGAGUGUUGUACUACCGAGUGACAAACGAUAUUGCCGGCUUUCAAAACCGAUUAGGAUUAUUUUUCUUUGUUUUGUCGUUAUUUGGAUUUUCUACACUCACGACCUUGUCGCUAUUCGCCCACGAACGCCUCGUGUUUGUGAGAGAGCGAGCCAAUGGCUACUACAGCCCGUUCUCUUAUUAUGCAGCCAAGGUUCUGUUGGAUAUUGUUCCGCUCCGGGUUAUUCCUCCUCUGAUUUUGGGAGUGAUUGUUUACCCGCUGGUUGGGUUGACCCUGACUGAUGGCGCACCUCUCAAGUUCCUGCUCAUUCUCGUGCUGUUCAAUUUGUCUGCAGCUACGAUGAUGCUAGUAAUUGGUAUUUUGAUCUCCGAUUCUGGAGUGGCUAUACUUGUCGGCUGUCUAGUCAAUCUUUUUGGAAUUCUUUUUGCCGGUCUAUUUCUCAAUCAGGAGUCUAUGGGUGCAUACUCACGCUGGCUGCGCUAUUUGUCGCUCUUCCACUAUGCAUACGAGGCCCUAUCCGUGAACGAGGUCCGCUAUCUCUCGUUGGUUGAAAACAAGUUUGGAUUGAAGAUUCAGGUCCCUGGUGCCUCAAUCUUAUCAGCUUUUGGCUUUGAUAACAACGCUGUGACCAAAGACAUUGCUGGACUGGGGGUGAUUUCCUGCAUCUGUCUUGUGUUAGGGUACUUGACCCUAUCUGUAUGUUUAGUUGAGAGACGCUAG